GACAGGGAAGGACGCGCCUGCGGGGCGUGGGAAACGAGCACCCUCGUGGGCGGGGACGUGCGCGGGGGGCCGGCCCAGAAGGCCGUCCGGCGUCGGCCGGAAGCGCUGUUCGGGAGGCGGAAGCGGCUGGCUCGCGCGUGUUCCGCCCUUGCGGCGGUACCUCGCGUCCCGCCUCACCUACGGGACCCUCUACCUCUGGGCGCAGAGACAACCAGGAACACGUGAGGAAGAAGAAAAAAUGUCCCAAAAGCAGAUGAAGGAAGCUUUUGUCAGUAACCACAAUGGAACGAGCGUGCUGGAAAUCACCGAGGGCUUGUGCUUGCCUGCGCUCUGUAUCCUGUGUAGAGGGCUCCUGAUCAUUCUCUCACAGCACUUAUGUUCUUCUUCACAUACCUGGAAAACUCGAUUCUUCAUUGACUUUGCUUUCCUAAUAGUUCCCCUGGUGACCACUUUGACCAUUUUUGCUUCAUUUGUCCUCCUUGAGUAUCUCAUUGUAAUUAUCUUUGGGGCAGGGCUGCUCUAUGAAACAUACUGCAGGAGAACUUGCUAUGCCAGAAUGCCUGUCGGGAAAAUCCUUGAAAAAUUCUUGACAAUCAGUCUAGAAUCAGAAUACAUUCCAGCCAUCUCCUGUUUCCGUGUAAUUAACAGUGCAUUUACUGCUAUUGCCAUUUUGGCUGUGGACUUCCCUCUUUUUCCCAGAAGGUUUGCCAAAACUGAGCUCUAUGGGACAGGAGCAAUGGAUUUUGGAGUAGGAGGCUUUAUUUUUGGGACUGCAAUGGUUUGUCCAGAGGUUAGGAGAAAAUAUACAAAAGGGUCCAGACUUUGUUGUCUUACAAAGUCAUUGUACUCUGUUUGGCCAUUAGUCUUCCUAGGAAUGGGACGAUUAGUCAUUAUAAAAUCCAUAGGCUAUCAGGAACAUUUAACUGAGUAUGGAGUUCACUGGAAUUUUUUCUUUACCUUAAUAGUUGUGAAAUUGAUAACAUCACUGCUUUUGAUUAUUUUUCCCCUAAAUAAAUCCUGGAUUGUGGCUAUCAGCAUUACUGUAUUGUACCAGCUAGCCCUUGAUUUUACCCCACUGAAAAGGUUAAUUUUGUAUGGCAGUGAUGGCAGUGGCACAAGGGUUGGUUUAUUAAAUGCCAACCGAGAAGGAAUAAUCUCUACCUUGGGGUAUGUGGCAAUACACAUGGCUGGUGUUCAAACAGGAUCAUACGUACUUAAAAAAAGAUCACAUAUCAAAGACUGGAUAAAAGUAGCAUGUUGUAUUCUAUUGACAGCUAUUGGCUUCUUCAUAUCUCUUUACAUAGUUCAGGUAAAUGUAGAAGUAGUAUCUCGAAGAAUGGCCAAUUUAGCCUUUUGUAUUUGGAUAGUUGCUUCUUGCCUGAUCCUUCUUAGUAGUUUAUUACUGGGUGAUAUAAUUUUGAAUUUUGCCAAAUUUCUAAUUAAAGGGGCAACAGUACCAUGUUCUUGGAAACUCAUCCAGUCACCUGCUGCAAAUAGAAAGCAUUCAGAAUCUCUAGUCUCUGAAGCUGAAAGAAAAGAACCCACUCUUUGUUUAAUCACAGCAAUGAAUAGAAACCAGUUAAUUUUUUUCAUGUUGUCAAAUGUAACAACUGGCCUAGUCAACCUUUUGGUAGAUACAUUACACAGCAGUACCUUGUGGGCCUUAUUUGUACUCAAUCUCUACAUGUUUACCAACUGCUUAGUUAUAUAUGUGCUGCACUUGCAAGAUAAGACGGUAAAAUUUUGGUGAUCAGUACAGGUAGUAUAUGUUUUGAGCAAUAUUAUUUUAAUGAGGAAGAAUAAAUAUAAAAUGGGCUUUUGGCAAUUCAGUGUUAAGUGUAUUUUAUUAUAAAAUUUUCAUUCCUACUCUAACAGUAGUGAUGCUUAAUAUUUUAAAUGUAUCUCAACACCAUGUAAAACAAACCAAUACAGAAGAAACAAAGCCUUUUGACUUGUUAGAAUAUUUAUAAAUUUCAGUAUUUUAAAGAAACUGUUGUGUUUACAGUUGUGAUACUGGAAGGUUGGAGGGUGAGGAGGAUUUUUACCUUCCAUCUUUUUUUUUUUCUUUUUGCGGUACGCGGGCCUCUCACUAUUGUGGCCUCUCCCGUUGUGGAGCACAGGCUCCGGACG